AAAACUACAGUGAGUAUUUUCCUGGCUUUAGCUUGGUUUGUGCCUGCUUGUCAUGUUGCAGUCCCAGUAAUACUGAGUGCUAAUAUGAAACUUUGUAAGUUCACUUUAAAAGGGAUUAUUUGUAACAAUUCAAUUUACAGUCUCCACUGUGUGACUUCAAAAGCAAUAUCUGUCUUUGGUGUUUUUGCUUUGUUAAACAUUGGGCUUUUCCCUGUGCUCUUCAUACUUUUUACAUACACCAGGAUACUUGUAAUAUCCUAUCGAAGUUGUGGAAAUGUCAGAAAAAAAGCUGCACAGACCUGUUUACCCCACCUGUUGGUUUUAAUCAGCUAUUCCUGUUUGUGUUCAUAUGAUAUCAUUAUAGCUCGAUUGGGAUCCGAUUUUCCAAAAGCUGCACGUUUAGUUAUGACUUUACAAACAGUUUUGUAUCAUCCUCUGUUCAAUCCAAUUAUAUAUGGAGUAAAAAUGAAAGAAAUCUCUAAACAUCUGAAGAGGUUGUUUUGUCAAACCAAAGUGCUCUAA